GAGUGAGAGCUCUUUCUUCUCCCGCUAUCUUUUGCCCGAGUCCAGGCAGCACUAAAUAAAUGCAUCUUUGUAGCAACAUUAUUAUGUUUGGGUGUCGUUAAAUUAAAUUAAGCCAGAGAAGAACGAACAUGGCAGGCGUUAUCCGGAGACUCGACGAGACUGUUGUUAACCGGAUUGCUGCAGGAGAAGUUAUCCAGCGUCCCGCUAACGCUGUCAAAGAAAUGCUGGAAAACUGUUUAGAUGCAAAGUCCACCAACAUCCAGGUGACGGUGAAGGACGGCGGUCUGAAGCUCCUCCAGAUUCAGGACAAUGGCACAGGCAUCCGGAGAGAAGACAUGGAGAUCGUUUGUGAACGUUUUACCACCAGCAAGCUUCAGACCUUUGAGGACCUCACGGCAAUUUCAACCUACGGCUUCAGAGGGGAGGCGCUUGCUAGCAUAAGUCACGUUGCUCAUGUGACGAUAACGACGAAGACCGCUGAAGCCAAGUGUGCUUACAGAGCUAGCUACAGCGACGGGAAACUCAAAGGGCCUCCGAAACCCUGCGCGGGAAACCAGGGGACACAGAUCCUGGUGGAGGAUCUGUUCUAUAACGUGUCCACCAGGAGGAAAGCUCUGAAGAGCCCCAGUGACGAAUACUCCAGGAUUGUAGAUGUUGUCAGCAGGUACGCCAUCCACAAUUCAGGGAAGAGUUUUUCUGUUAAGAAGCAAGGAGAGACCGUGGCAGAUGUGAGAACUUUGCCCAGUGCGUCCGUGGUGGAUAACAUUCGAGCUGUUUUUGGCAGUGCCGUCAGCAGGGAGCUGAUUGAAGUUGGCUGUGACGACCAGAAGCUGGCCUACAAGAUGAACGGUUACAUCUCCAAUGCAAACUAUUCAGUCAAGAAAUGCAUCCUGAUUCUCUUCAUCAACCAUCGUCUGGUGGAGUCGAGCGCGCUGAAAAAAGCUGUUGAGACGGUGUACGCCGCUUACCUCCCCAAGAACACACACCCCUUCCUUUACUUCAGCUUAGAAAUCGCCGCUCAUAACGUGGAUGUGAACGUCCAUCCCACAAAACACGAGGUGCACUUCCUGCACGAAGACAGCGUGAUCGAGAGCCUUCAGAAGCACAUUGAGAGCAAACUGCUGGGCUCCAACUCCUCACGCACUUACUUCAGUCAGACGUUGUUACCAGGACCGUCGGUCUCAGGAGGCUCUGAGGUGAAGUCCUCCAGAUCCACAGCAGAGUCCGCUGAACGGGUCUACGCUCAUCAGAUGGUCAGAACCGACUGUCGGGCUCAGAAGCUGGACGCUUUCCUCCAGCCAAAAGAGAAGCCGCCCCCUGGUCCAGAACCCCCUGGUACCAGUGACACGGAGACUGCGACCAAACCUGUCCACUGUGAGGACGUAGAGCUGGACGAUUCAGAGCUUUUGGACGCUUUGACUGAGCAGGAGGCGAAAGACGAAGAAAGUGUCGAGGCCCCCGACAUUCAGAGGAAGCGUCCGAGGACAGAGAGGGAGCAGGAGGAGGAGCUGACGGCUGCAGCCACGCCCAAGAGGCGAGUCAUCAAACUGACCAGCGUUAAAGAGCUGAGAGCUGAAAUCGCCGACGACACUCACAAAGGCCUUCAGGAGAUGCUGCAGAACCACUCAUUUGUGGGCUGCGUGAACCCCCAGUGGACUUUGAUCCAGCAUCACACCAAACUCUACCUGCUCAACACAUCCAGGCUCAGCCAGGAGCUCUUCUACCAGAUCCUGAUCUAUGACUUUGGGAACGUCAGUGUGCUGCGGUUGUCUACGCCGGCUCCGGUUUACGAGUUGGCCAUGUUGGCGCUGGAGUCUGAGGAGAGCGGCUGGACAGAAGAGGACGGACCCAAAGAGGGCCUGGCUCAGUACAUAGUGGACUUCCUGAAGAAGAAGGCUGAGAUGCUGGAGGACUAUUUCUCCCUGGAGAUAGACCAGGAGGGGAAUGUAACGGGGCUGCCGCUGCUGCUGGAUAAGUACACGCCCAUCAUGGAGGGGCUGCCGAUGUUCAUCCUGCGUCUGGCCACCGAGGUGAACUGGGACGGUGAGAAGGAGUGUUUCAGGGACUUCAGCAGGGAGUGCAGCAGCUUCUACUCCAUCAGGAAGCAGUACGUCCUGGAGGCGGAGCCAGGAGCAGAGCAGGACGAGCCGGACUCUUGGCGGUGGAAAGUCGAGCACCUCCUCUUUAAGGCUUUCAGGUCACUCCUCAGUCCCCCGAAACGCUUCAGUGAGGACGGCACCGUGCUGCAGGUUGCCAACUUACCCGACCUCUACAAAGUGUUUGAGCGAUGCUGAUCGUCUGAGAACUCAGUCUGCUCUACAGAAGGUUCUUUUAGUGAUGCAUCAAACGCCGCAGCACCUCCAGCUUUGUGACAUCAUUUUCUGACCCUUUGUCCAAAAUUCUUCUUGGAAAACUCCAGGUGCCACAGCUGGACCCCAGACAGAGGGCGGAGUCAGACUGCUGACAUCACAGUACUUGGACCGCCUCCAUGUAAAAACUGAUAAAAUGUGUUAAUAAAGAGACCUUUGAAAUAUGAAGCUGUACAGCUUUUGACACGAAUCCUUCAUAGGACUGACCUUUGACCGCUAAUUUUUCAACUGUCUGAUCAGCCAUUUACUGGACUGUGUGCAGUUUAGGGACAUUGUUAUACUGAUGGAGACCAUGACACGACACACAUGACUCAGCAGUUUUGCAAACAUUUUACAAGCGAGUUCCCCCCUCCCCAAAACCCCAUGUUCCCACCAGAACACUCAGAUAAAUGAUCUUUAUGC